UUCAGAAAAACCAUCUCAUCUCCGGUCACGACGAUAUGUUGGGAAAACGCGUCACGUCUGCCCAGCCCGGCCGUAGAGGGGCGCAAUGAUAAAAAGCCUGCGCUCACACAUCUGAGUCAGUCGCGGCGGCGGACUUGAAACCAAAAUGAGAACGCUGACCUUCACGCUGUGGGUGGUGCUGGCAGUGGCAGCAUCACUUGCUGUACCCAUCAAGGAUGUGGACACACCUCUCUCCAGGGAGAAGAGGUCCCCCGGAGGAUGGCACUCACCACCAGAAGGAGUUUGGAAGAAAAAACUCGUCUGGAAAGAGGAGUGGAAACAAAUAUGGAAAACGGACAAGAAGCUGAUUUGGAAAACUGAAUGGAAGAAAGAAAAGGUGCCCGCUUGGAAAACAGAGCAAAUCCCACAAUGGAAGGAGGAGCAAGUGCCUGCCUGGAAAGUAGUGCAGAAGCCUAUCUGGAAGGAAGUACAAGUUCCAGUGUGGAAGGAAGUACAAGUGCCAGACUGGAAAAAGAUCUGGAAACCAGUUUGGAAAGAGAUUCAGGUACCGGUAACGAAAACCAUACAGGUUCCAGAAUGGAAACAGAACUUCAUACCCGCUUGGGUUAAGGAGGGCGUGCCCGGCGAGAAAUAUUUAGGAAAGGACGACCACGGAUGGGAGUACACCAGCCACGACCUCUGGAGGAAGAAGAUGAUCUGGAAACCAGUAUGGAAGAAGGUGUGGCGUACCGAGCACAAACAGGAGUGGGUAACUGAAAAGAAACUGGAAUGGAAAGAAGAAUGGAAGCAAAUCUGGAGGACCGAGAAGAAGCAGGCGUGGGUGACAGAGAAAAAGAAGGAGUGGGUAGAGGAGAAAGUACAAAUCUGGAAGACCGUAAAGAAAGAGAUCUGGGUGCCGGUACAAAAGAAAAUCUGGGUAGAGAAAUGGAAACAGAUCCAAGUGCCAGUGUGGAAGACCAUCGAGGUGCCAGCGUGGAAGAAGGUGUGGAAGCCAGUAUGGCAAAAGGUUUGGGUACCGAUACACCACGAGCACCACGGAUGGGACUAGAGAAGGUACCAACCAUGACACUUUGUACAUAUAGACAUAUAACUACAUAGUCAUUUUGUUAACUAAUUGUUACCAACCAUACCAAGAUGUGUUUGUAAAUAUAUUAUAAUAUACUCGAGAUGCUUUCCAAUCGGUAAGUACAGUAUCUGUGUUGUUACGAGAGGCGUACGCGAAGGCGAAUGUGUUAUUGGCAUUAAGCGAAUUCAAAAUUUUUCUCAAACUUUUCACUCCUCGGAAGCAUACGCGAUUAUCAUUUGGCUUUGCGUGCGCCUUAGGAAGUGAGCAUAGACAAAAGUGUAUUUCAAAAAUGUGUACCUCAUUAAAAUUGUAACUACCACCAUCUCUUUGUCCGAUAUGUUCACUUCCUAAACGGUUUGAGUUCUAAGAUAUCCAUUCCAUUGUUUUGCUCGUCAAGACAACGGUCUGAUAGUGUCCACGGUCGUAUUUUACGACUAUUAGACUUAGGGUAUUAAUUAAAAAAUAGAUAAAAACUUUGAAAUAAUGUAUUGUAACGUCGAGAUUUAUUACAGGCUAUUUCUAUAUUACAUAUUUCAAAGAUAUCGUGAGGCUAUAUAUUAAAGCUAAGCUAUUUAAAUGCUUACAUUCUGUUUACAAAAAUGAAUGUAAGCAUUUUGUUUAAAGAUUGUUUUAGUUAUUCUUUUUUUUUUUAAAAAAAAAGGUGAUUCUUCUACUAAUGAAAAUUCUAUGAUCAGACAUGUUUACCGUGAAAACGUAUUAUUUAAAAAGUAUAAAAAAAAACAAUGUUUUCAGUAUUUUUUAUUAGUAGAGGAGCGGAAUGGACACGCAAAAUGUGAGCAAUAGAAUUUUUUGUUUUUUUUUUUUUUAAUUUUACACCGUUCAAAGAGUUCGAAUUGUUUUUAUUUGCGUUGUUUUGUUUGUCCGUCGUGAGUCUGUACCGGCGCGUGCGCAUAUUGCGCCGCCCGGUAAUUAUAUAGUACAAGUUUGUUUUUAUGUGUUACUAUGUGACUUUUUAUAAGUUUUAGCAAUAUAUAAGUUGAGAAAUA